AUGUCUGCUGAUUCUGGUGCCGUGCAAGGCGCGGAUCCCGUGCCUGCGAUGCCAGAACCGAGCGACAACAACCGCACACACACUUCGUCCUUGUCGUCGUCGUCCUCGUCCAUCUCCGACGGCGAGCCCGAGCGGGGAAGGUCCAGGACGGGCCGCCCACGCAUGCCUAGCCAGAAGCCCAGCGCCUCGAUCCUCGUGCCACGGAACCACCCGGAGAUUGAGAUUGAGGAGGAGGAAUUCCCUCCGGAUGAUGCUCGUGCCAUGAGCCCUCGCCGUGAUUCUGCGGAUGUGGAGCGCUUGGGGAAGGAAGCGCGGCAGACGUUGCAAGAGCAAGCAAGAAACCUCCAGUCGUCUCUUCAGGCGCUGGCAGAACGCAUCGAAGAGGUCAAGAAUGACCAUGACAAGCUCGAGAGUGAAAACAAGUUUCUACAAGACUACAUUGGCAGCCUGACGCAGACCAUGUCCAAGAGCGAACUGUCGAGCGGGAGGAAGAAGAAGAACCGGAAGUAG